CCGACGUCGACGAGCUCGUGUUGUUGUUGAUAAAUAGACUGUUUUUCGUUUUAUUACGAAACUAUGGACGAUAAUGAAGAUCUGGAUUAUGUUGAAGAAGACUAUUAUACUACGUUGAAUUUACCCAAAACUGCUACGCAAGAAGAAAUCAGCAAAGCAUACCGCAAUUUAAGCCGAAUCUUUCAUCCGGACAAGCAUGGCAAUGGAGAGAACAAGCAAAAGGCAGAGCUUAUGUUCAAUCGAACGAAAAAAGCCUACGAAGUGCUAUCCGAUCCGCACCAGCGUGCAAUUUACGAUUCGCUCGGUGUUAAGGGACUGGAGACGGAAGGCUGGGAGAUUGUACAUCGGACUAAAACCCCGUCCGAAAUCAGGGAAGAAUAUGAGCGUCUGGCACGCGAAAGGGAAGAACGCCGUUUGCAGCAGAAAACGAAUCCCAGGGGAAAUAUUUCUGUGCAUAUUAACGCGACGGAUUUCUUCAGUCGGUACGAUGAUGAGUAUUACGAUAGCGGUAUACUGCCCUCCAUCGAAGUGUCCGGGAUGAGCAUGUCACAGUCAAUUGAGGCUCCCCUAUCGCGCACCGAAGUAGCUACCCUCUCUGGUAGCCUGCAUCUACAAAAUGGGGUGGGCAGCGGAAAUUUUGUGCUUUCAGGAAAGAGACUUAUCAACAAGGGGUGGUUUGAAGUGGAUUGUGGAGCCGGUAACGGGCCCGUUUUGGGUGCAAAAGGCUCCCGGAACCUUACCAAUCGCAUCUUCUUGAAUGGUGGAACAACAUUUCAUUUUCGACCGAACGCGAUCAUACCGGGACUAUCGGGAACAAUUGCCAUUCAACUGGAUAAACACACCUUAGGAUAUUUAACGUACAAUGCAGGACUGCAGAACUCGAUGUCGACGGUAGUAGAAAGGAAUACUGAAAAGUAUCAUUGCAAUAUCACGGCCACAUUAGGUAUUCCUCACUGCUACAUUUCUGCCUCAUACACAAGGAAGUUGUUGGAGCAAGGACUAAAGCUUCGUGUAGCAUUGAAAGGAGGUACCUUUGGCGUUUUAUCCGAGUGCGGAGCAGAGAAGAAAGUUUCAAAAUACAGCUCCGUGUCAGCCACCGUGUGUGUUGGAGUACCGUCUGGCGUGACACUCAAAAUCAAGAUCAUUCGUUCUACGCAAACUUACCUAUUUCCCAUCCAUCUAAGCGAGGAAAUCAUUCCGGCCGCCAUAUUUUACGCCACUGUUACUCCUUUGUUGACGUAUUUUGUUUUAAAAAAGAUGCUUUUCGAUCCCAUGAACGAAGCAACGAAACAAAAAAACAUCGAAAAGGUGAAAGAAACCAACAGUGCCCGCAUGGCUGAAAAGCGAAAGGAAGCAGAAUCUGCCGUCGCUCUAAUGGGCGCUUUGUACGAGCGAAUUUUGAAAGAGGAGCAGAAACUUCAAGGCCUAGUCAUAUUAUCUGCCUUGUAUGGUCGAUUUAAAGACGGUGAACAUGCGUCGUUGGAAGAAUCGGAUGAUAUGGGUUUUAUUCAAUCAAAUCCAUUUGUUAUUGAUGUGAAAAUCGCUCUCCAGUGUUUAGUAAAAGAUUCCCAGCUCGUUCUAUAUGCUUCUAGCAAGAGUGAACUACCAGGCUUUUAUGAUCCGUGCUUUGGUGAAGAAAAACAACUGAAAAUCGACUACGAAUACAAGAACAAUACCUACAGUUCCGUGUUUGCUGAUUUGGAUGCUGUUCAUCUACCGCUUGUAGCGAACGAAGCGUCCUAACUAAUCAGUGGACAUUACAGUUUUAGUCUUUCCAAAGAAUCAGACAUUAAAACUACAAAAACAGUAAAUAUUUUUCAAGCGAAAAUAAUUUUAGGUUUCUUUCAGCGUCUUCACAUGCUUACGGCACAAUAUUUGGAAUGUAAAAUCAUGUUAGAACCUGUGCGUUAGUAAAGUCUAGUUGUAGUAUUGUUACAUAAAGAAUGCUGAAUAAAAUUGAGAAAAAAAC